AUGGGGCUUGAUGCGACGUAUGGGAGGAAUAAGUACAAAUGUCCCCUUGUGAUAUUCUCUGGAGUGGAUCACCACUUGCGCACUGUUAUGUUUGGAUGCACAAUUUUCUUGAAGGAAGGGGAGGAAAGCUAUAUGUGGUUGCCUCGGACAUUUCUAGAGGCCAAGAAAGGAAAGGCUCCUAAGUCUGUUAUUACCGACGGUGAUCAAUCCACGAAGAGUGCAAUCAAAGAUGUAUUUCCAGAAGCGCAUCAUAGGUUGUACAGUUGGCACUUGCUACGCAAUGCGACCGCUCGAGCAGGUAUUCCACGGUUUUUGACCAAGUUUCGUCUUUGUUUAAUGGGGGAUUCGGAGUUCGAUGACUUUGAAGAUAUAUGGAAUGAUGCAGUUGAAGAAUUUGGAUUUCAACAAACUUCAUGGGUCAAGGAUAUGUAUGAGAAGAAACAUAUGUGGUCAAGGAUAUAUAUAUAG